AUGUCAAGUCAACAACGCUCAGAGGAAGAUUCGACCGCAGCCCCCCCUAUACCCGCACCAGCCAUCACGAAACGCCAACAUGCUCUGCUCGAACUUCUGACCUCUGAACGUGCCUAUGCAAGUGAUUUAGCACUCAUCAGGGAUGUGUAUAUGAGGUUGGCGUCUGGUGAGUCCUUCGACUUUUUAAGCCCUUUGAAAAAAAUUUCAAACCCUGGGUCUAGCUCAAGUUCCGAAUCCACCAAGUCGAGCUCAGGUACAUGCUCAUCCUUUUUACGCCCGGUGGGCGAGCCUCCACUAUCUGUCGCUGAUACACGUAUUAUUUUCCGCAACAUUUCUGAACUCGCUGUCCUUUCUGACAUGCUCGUGUCAAAGCUCGAGAUAGCCAUCGAAGAAGGAGGCAAGGGCGUAGGCGAAAUCUUCCUGGAGGUGGUGCCCCUCUUUGCGCCCCCAUACACGACGUACAUCACCGCACACCCUCGCGCACUCGCACACCUCGACGCCCUCAAUACACCACCGCAGCUCACGCCUCAAUUCUCGCGGUGGCUCAAGGAGAGCAAAGAACUCGUUGAGGCACACACGCAUGCUUGGGACCUACCGAGUUUGUUAAUAAAGCCGGUUCAGCGGUUGCUGAAGUACGGGUUACUACUGGGCGCCGUGAUCAGUGCUACUCCGGAGCCGCUCGGAACUGAAGGGCUCGAUAAACUGAGAGAGGCGAAGCAGAAGGUGGAAGAAGUAGCUCGUGCUGUGAACGAGGGACGAAGGCGGGUAGAAGUCGUCAGAGAGGUCCUCGGAUCUGGACACGCCAAAGACGGCCCUGGAGCAGGUGGUGUAGGAUCCAUCGGCAUACCCAAGGUUGGCGUGGUAAACGCCUCCGUCUCGCGCAUGCGCUCCAUUCACGUUUCAGAAAUAGAACCCGACUCCGAAAAUGCCGAAGCUGCCCUCCUUGUAGCCCUCGAAAGCAGGCUCAAGUCGCACAUCACUACGCUCUCCCAUCUCGCUCGGGACGCAUUCGGCUAUGCCCGGACUCUCCAUACGCUGUUUGGAGCGCUCGUCAAGUGGGGAUGGGCAUUUUCAGGCGUCAUUGGCGUCACCGUCAGCCCUGAACUUGAAGCCUUCGAUGCCUUCCUCUCGCUCUGUACCGGACUAGUUGAUCUCGUACAAGAACUUGAGCACGAACUCCAUGCGCACAUCCUUCCCUCUCUCCAAUCUCUUAAAGGCACAUCGGUUGCGCCACUCAAGCUUCUCAGUGCACUGCACACUCUGCAGCCGCUACAUAUGCACUUACUGCAUCUCCCAAUCACGCGCAAGAACCGCCCGCCAGAGGCGCUGCUACAGGCAAGCCAGAGCUACGUUGCGUUGCGGGGGCAGCUUGCACUGGAGUUGCCUGUGUAUGUAAAGCUGCUGGAGCGUGGAAUUGAUGGGGUGGUGCUUGACUUAGCCAGGGCGAUGGAUGCAUUUUGGAGAGUUGUAAUGGAGCGGUGGGGAGAGUUGUGGGAUGCGCUGCAGGUGGAGGGGGAGGACAAUAUGGAGCAUGCGGACCGACCAGCGGGUGGAGGCGAGACAGUUCGUGUCUGGCGUGAGCGAUGGGGUGAUGUGUUGGGCGUGCUUGGGUCAUUGGCGAUUGUCAAUCCGCCUAGAAAGAUGGAGCGGCUGCGUUCUUACGAGCCUCGCAGUUCUCAGAACUCUUAUGACCACCGCAGCUCACAAUCAUCGUCUUCCUCGUUCAAUCCAGCGUCGCGUGCGUCACACUCGCACCCCAAUUCUUACGAUAUCACUGGUCGACGGCGCAGUGGGAGUACGAACAAUAUCCCCACCGGUCCUAUUGUCCGCAAACUUUCCGAUGAGUCACUGCGUUCUGGUAAAUCUGGGAAGUCGGGCAAGUCAUACAAGAGUAACCUUAGUCCUGGUGCGAAUACCUGGAGGAUGGUCGAGGAUGUACCACCUAUGCCCUCUGCCCUACAACUGCCAUCGCAGUCUCGCAGUGGCGUCUCGCCACCGCGCCUCAAGCCCACACGAAUGAAGAGUCUGCCUGGGCCGAUAAUUAGCAACAUACCCUUUGGACUUGAUCCCCCACCAAGCCCGUCGUCGUUCGCUACGUUCGAUGAAGAGCAGGAAGACAACGACAGAGACCGGGGGCGUGUCCAGCAGAGACGACCAAGCCUAAAAAGUAAGAUCACAGAUACAUUCCGGCCAUCACACCACAGGACGCGAUCAAGUUCUGUCAAGAGCCUCGGAGCUCCGAGCUCACUGGCACCAAGUUAUUAUACCACAGAUAGUGCGCUGCCUGCAUACCAAAUGCCGCCCACCCCAACUCGAACUCAAUCACCGCAUACCCCCACUCGCCGCACCACGGACUUGCAAGGGCUACGCGCGCUCUACCAAUGCGCUGCAAUACACAUGUGUAUUCCACCUGCUGGAGUAUCGUAUCGGGGUUUACCGUUCUUCGAGUUGCGAUCUGGAGAUACGUUUGAUGUGCUCAGAGAGUAUGGGCACCCCAGCACCCAUCCAGAUCUACCGUUAUAUGUGGAUGACGGGGAGGAUUGCUUGCUACUAGUUCGGGAGCUUGUUGAUGCUGAGGGAGGAGGCAGAGAUGCGAAAGUCAGAGGAGAAGUGGGCUGGGCGCUGGCGAGUUUUUUGGUCCCUCUGGAUUAA